UUGACUCAUUUAAAUCAGACUGGAGACUCAAAAGGUUAGUGAUGAAAAUGAAGACCCUCCAUGUUCUGUGGAUCUGGAUCUUUCUGUCAGGAUUCAGGAUUGCAGUCACUAAUGAGAUUAAUAUACAUGGAUUCAGUGGAAGAUCCGUCACAAUUCCAUGUUCUUUUCCUUGGGCUCCGAACCACAGGAAGUAUUUCUGCAGAGAUCCAUGUAAUAAUGAAGAUAAACUAGUUUCAUCUGAUCAGUCAUCUAAUGGGAGAUUCAGACUGGAUGAUGUUGGAGAGGGAAUCUUCACAGUGACCAUCAGUGGACUACAGGAGUCAGAUUCUGGCAUUUACUGGUGUGCAGUGGACAGACCUGUGGCAGUGGACACAUAUGAUAAAGUGACUCUGACCGUUUCUAAAGAAAUCACCACACCCCCAAACCAAGUCACACAACCAUCUAAAGAAGUGUACACAACUCUGCCGUCACCUACACCAACAACACAUAAAGAUCCUACAACAAGCAGAACCUCCAGAUAUUCAACUCCUGAUGACAUCACACACUUACCUUCAGUAACAAUGUCAGUGUACACUUCACUGUAUGCUGUUGGUGGUCUGGUCGUCAUGGUGAUCAUACUUGCAGUUGGGUUGGUCGCUGUUCUCAAGUUUAAGAAGCACACAUCAGCAAUUCAGGAAUGUCACAAUGAAUGUAGAGAUGAAGAGGCUAACAAUAUUUAUGAGAAUGAUCAUCCUGACGUACAGAUGAAAUCGAACCACAAGACUGAAGUCCCAACAAGCCAAUCAGAUUCAGUCUAUAAUAAUGCAAACCUCAGCAUGGGCAAGUCAGAUACAGUCUAUGGAAAUCUCUGAUGCCGACAUUCCUCAAUGAGAGUGAAGAACAGAACUCAAGACCAGGAAACUGGUGGCAAACUUUUCUACAUCAUAUCUCAAAAUAAAGGCCUUCAAGUAAGAAACAAAUGUAAUAAAACAUUUUUUCACGAAAAUAUCAAUAAAUUUUUUCUCUAUGUAUCAAGUAUAUAGAGCUUCCUCAAAUGACCACAGGGGGUGUCAUGUCUGAUUUUUCUUUUCUAAUUACUGUCAUGUGACAAUCAGUCUUUGUCUGGCCUUGAAUGUUGUAAAAUUUUCUCUCUGCACACUCAUGGAAGGACUCUUCGUCUUAUGUUUACCUGGAUGUUAUAUGUGUCUCAGAUUGGACUUACAUGUUGUCUACGAGUGCUGUUUAUAUUGAAAAAGAGACUUUCCUUGUUUCAUUUUCCAACAAUAUUCACUUAGCUACUUCAAAGUUAUAUUUUGGAACUACUAUGUUUAUUCCUACCUGCAUUGAGAAACAUGUUAUGUUCAGUUCUCCAUUUCAGUUCAUACCAAGGCUGAGUAUGCAUUACUGUUUGAGUUGCAUUCCUCAUUUUAGAUUUUCGUUAUCUCUGCUUCUGAAGAAAUGUGAUGCUUACCAGUCCUGAGUUCUGUUCUAAUCGAUGUUGAUGAUACUAGCCAGUGAUUACUUACAUGUCGGGAUUUUUGGUUAAUGUCUUCACCCACUGGUUCCUGAGAUUACCUUGAUGGCUUUUAUGGAUGAAUACGGAGUUGAAUUAUGAGAAUCUCCUGUGGACAUGCCUAUGUUAAACUUAUGAACUAUUCUAAAGACUGUAUCCUGUUUGUCCAGUUGUCCUGUACUCUUUGAAUAAAGC